CUUCCUCCCCCUCCCUGGCUGAGUGUGGGCGGUGUGGGAGUCUCUGAAGGGGAGGGGAGCCUCCGUGAGCCUCAGACCGCUGCUGGAAACACCGAGAGCCUCCCGCUCCUCCAGCCCGGAGCUCCGCGCGCUCUGACGAACCCUGCCGGACCCCCCGCUUCCCCUCCACCCAAUGGGCCUGAUGUGGUAGAAUAACGCCUCUUUUUCACUGAGCUGACGCCCUUCUCCACCAGACCCCCCCUGGCUGUAAUCCCCCGGGCGGCGGCGGGCCUUCAGGGCGGCUGCACAUGCCGCCUUUUGUCUGCGGCGCUGUUGUUGGCCUGGAGGCCAUGAGGGAGAGCAGACGGCAGCAUAAAGAGCUGACAGCAGGAGAAUGAGCUUCCCAGGCCGGAGGAUGGGGGGAGGAACCACGUGACGCCGCCAUCAUCACACCACCGAGACCAGAACCGGACCGCCGGUCCAACUGGGACGAGUCGCAACAGAAACUGUUUCCUGCUGCUGGUCGGACGUUUAGCAGCCGGCUGCCCAAAGUGCCUUUUUUCUGAGAUUUUUUUUUUGUUUGUUUUGGAACUUAUUUCUGACCCCACUGCUGUCGCCAUGGUUACACUACAGUCCAAAUGGCGCUUCCUGUUCAUGUUCCUGGGCAUCCAGCUGGUGGUCAUGGCGCUGCUUUCCCGGGAGGGAUACCAGAAACGGGUCAGCUACUUUAUCCGGAUCUUCCGUAAGGGUGACGCCACCGGACCGCCGCUUCAGAACCGCACGGGCGGCGCCUUGGGUGGCGGGGACGUCUACGCCAACCUUUCGCACCCGUCCAGAGGACAUAGCCAUGGAGACGAAAUGCCUUACUGUCCAAAGACGUCCCCCCUGAUAGGCGGGCCGAUCCACGUCAGCUUCCCGUCUGGACUCACUCUGGCCGAGGUUCAGAGGAAAAACCCCCUGGUGGUACGAGGGGGGCGCUACAGGCCGCCGGAAUGCGAGGCCCGACACAAGACGGCCAUCAUCAUCCCCCACCGCAACCGAGAGCAUCACCUGAAGUUCCUGCUCUACUACCUGCAUCCGUUCCUGCAGCGCCAGCAGCUCAGCUACGGGAUCUACGUCAUCCACCAGGCGGGAAACUACACCUUUAACCGCGCCAAGCUGAUGAACGUCGGUUUCCGGGAGGCGAUGAGGGAGGAGGACUGGGACUGCCUGUUCUUCCACGACGUCGACCUCAUCCCAGAGGACGACCGCAACCUCUACGUCUGCGACGCCAACCCCAAGCACGCCGCCAUCGCCAUGGACAAGUUUGGCUACAAGCUUCCGUACAAGAUGUACUUCGGAGGAGUGUCCGCUCUGUCGCCGCUGCACUACCUGAAGAUGAACGGCUUCCCCAACAACUACUGGGGCUGGGGUGGCGAGGACGAUGACAUCGGAGUCAGAGUGUCUCUGGCCGGGAUGUACAUCAGCCGUCCGUCUCUGAAGGUUGGCCGCUACAAGAUGAUCAAACACAAGCUGGACAAAGGCAACGACAUCAACCCAAAGAGAUUCAACAUGUUGGCAAAAACCCGUCAGACCUGGAAGAUGGACGGCAUGAACACGGUGGAGUACGAGAUCGUCUCCAGGGACUACCUGCCCCUCUACACCAACAUCACCGUCAACAUCGGGACAGAGUCCGGCCUGCGCUCGCCUGCGCAGCCGCGCAAGCCUGCAGGGAAGCCUGCAGGGAAGCCUGCAGAGAAGCCUGCAGAGAAGCCUGCAGAGAAGCCUGCAGAGAAGCCUGCAGGAAACUCCUCAACCAAACUCCAGAACAAACCAGCAGCUGUGAAAUAAUCCUGUGAUCUGUGUAGAUGGGCGAUCAGCUGCUUCAGGCUGAGGACGAUUGGUUUCAGCUAAAAUGAAGCGAUGGCUCCCCCUUGUGGCUCCUUUAAUCCUUCAUAUCUUAUGGACGUUCCACAGGAGCUACAGGAGGAGCUGAGUUGGACUCUGUGAGUUUGUGUGUAAGGCGCUGUAGCCGCUGUAUAAACCAUGAGGCCUUAGAAUCGUGUAUUUCUCUAUCUUAGAUCUUAUUGUUUGUAGAACGAGUUUAAAGGAGGAGUUCCUGACCGACUGUUUCUGCUCCUCAAGCAAACGUCUCCACAGUCGGCAUUUUUUCUCCUUCAAGGCGUCAGAGGCGCCGUUUCACCUGCUGCUGGUCCUCCCUGCAGCCUCCGGUUUCCUGGCUGACCAGCAGGAUGAGCUGCUGACACAUGUUGGCUGAUUUCAGAUGAAAUAGACGCCCAAUAUUCCUCCUCCAUCUUUUUUCUUUCAUCCAUCUUUGACUCCGACAGCUGAUUGUGUGAAAAAGUGUUUUUAAACCUGUGAGUUUGGCAGAAAAAACCAAAGAAUCUGCUCCAGAUCAGGAGCUCUUCUAACUGUGGUGACGGACUUUCCUUCUCCCCAUGGAGGAGGCGGAGCUCCAGGAUCCUGCAGACGCCUGCUCGUCACUCAUCAGGUCAUGGGCCUUAUCUGAUGGUCAGCGUCUUAUUGAGCAUAUCUGGAUCAGAUGGACUGAGACGUUAAAGCGAAGAGCGAGGAUGUGACUGAAUAAAGCGAGCCCUCCCAGGGUUCUGCUGCUGCUUGUUUCUGUUCUUUCUGACUUCUGCACACUCCACAGUGGCCUUAUACUCCUGAAUAAACUGAUUCAGCGUAACCCUGCUCUGCUGGCCUUUUU